AUGUCACGGAAGAAAGCGGCUCGCAGCAAGGGCGGCGGUGCCGCUCCCUCCGCCGCUCUGCCCUCCGCCGCUCAGGGCAGCGGCCGAGCUCCCGCUGCCGGUUGCCCGCGCGGCUCCACGCCCGAGCUGCCCCGCAACGGCGGAGCGGCGGCCGGGCGGCCCUCACUGAGCAGCAGCGGAGAGUUCUACGAUCUCGCUUUCAAGGUGAUGCUGGUGGGUGACUCAGGGGUCGGCAAAACCUGCCUGCUGGUGAGGUUCAAAGACGGAGCCUUCCUCGCUGGCAGCUUCAUCUCCACCGUUGGGAUUGACUUCAGGAAUAAGGUGCUGACAGUGGAUGGGGUGAAGGUAAAGCUGCAGAUCUGGGACACGGCUGGGCAGGAGCGAUUCCGCAGCGUCACCCAUGCCUACUACCGGGAUGCCCACGCCCUGCUCCUGCUCUAUGAUGUCACCAACAAAGCCUCGUUCGACAACAUCCAGGCUUGGCUGACAGAGAUCCAUGAGUAUGCACAGCAAGAUGUGGUCCUCAUGUUACUGGGAAACAAGGUGGAUUCAGCCCAGGACAGAGUGGUGAAAAGGGAAGAUGGAGAGAAGCUGGCCAAGGAGUAUGGAGUGCCCUUCAUGGAGACCAGCGCAAAAAGUGGCCUCAAUGUCGAGUUGGCCUUCACAGCCAUUGCAAAGGAACUGAAGCACAGGUCCAUGAAGCUGCCCAAUGAGCCCAAAUUCAAGCUCCAUGACUAUGUGAAGAAGGAAGUGAGAGGCUCAGGCUGCUGCAGGUCCUAA